AUGCCCAUUCCUACCCGUUCUGUCUCACUGCGUGAGCCCAGGAAGACCUCCAAUAUUGCGCGCCCCACGCCUACAGGAUCUAAGGCGCCGGUUCGCCCGACCACUGCGUCAACCACUUCUUCGGCCGACAGCGCUUCGCUGAGUGACUAUGCCAGCAAUCGUGGUCGCACUCUACUGCCUCAACGCACCAAUCUCAGUCGGGAUGAUGUGAGUGAAGGACAGACGCGACUUCCACCCCCCGAGACCAAGCAGUCGCGAGAGGAGACAUCGCCUCAACGACGACAAAGGAUCGGUCUAGAUGGAAAGAGCCAUGGCAUCCCAUCCUCCAGGCCUGCUACCACGGCCACGGCCACAGCCGCGACAAGGACAACGACGACCACUGGUGCCGCUGUGCCUACCCGUCGCCAAAGUCUCUUGCGCCCUGCAACAUUGAACCUCUCGUCGACUCGCAGCAAUGUCUCAGCGCCGUCAAAGACGACAACCCCAAGUGUCACGCCGCCAUCCCCGCGUAAACCUUCGAUGCGUCCACCCAUGCAGUCCUCUGCGCCGAGACCUCCUUCCCCAAAGAAGAGCGAUAUGCCCCCUCCACGUUCCACUCGCUCGGCCUCCUUAAGACAACCGCUCAACACAGCAAAUGGGUCAACACCUGCAGCACGAGGCCAUACCCGACACCGGAGCCAGAUGACGCCGUCGAGUGCAAAACCUACUCAAUCAGAAUCGGCUCAAAAACCGCGGCCGGGCUUUUCAACCUAUCAGCAACACUACUCCCCCAAGAAACCGAUCGCCAAACCUCCCACGCCUACUCCCGCGGAAACACCUUCCUCAAACGGCUCCUUGAUCUCUACAUCCUGGCCAGAUAUUGCUGCAUUGCAGACCGAACUACUUCAACUUAGUCUGUUUCAUUCUAAUUCACUGGAGAGACACUCUGAAUGGAAAUCUGAGUCUGAGGCGCAACUACGCAAGAAAUACGAUGGCGUUUCAGGGCAAUAUCGAUCUUUGAUGGGAGAUGAGCAGAUGCAUCAGCAUCAACUCAAUGUACAGGCCCUGGACUACUGGGCGCAGAAUUGUCGUGAACAUCAUGGCCCGCAUGGGUUCCCGGAACAAAUACAGAUCUUAUCACAGGUCUUGCAAGAGGUCACUGACUUGACUGGGAUAAAUGGAAGAUAUACCCAAGAGGUCGCAGUAUUCGAGGACUGGAUUGACCAAGCGGAGAGUAUCCGAAAUAACCGUGAGAGAUCUCGAAUUCUCGAUGGUACAGGUUUCAUCGAUCCCUUGAGUGAAGAUUGGAAAGAGCAAGUCCAACAUUUACAUGCUAAAUUGGAGUUAUGCUCCAGACAACUGCAGACACUAGAUAUAUUAGGAUUUGGGGAGGUUGAACGACUUGAACAAUCGGCUCUUACUCGUGUUGCUCAGAGCUUAAUGGAAUCAAUUAAACUCAUGUUACAAGAGAUUCGUGCUAUGCGCAGUCUUGAGUCUGAUAUUGUUUCUGCGGAGAGAGAGACUGUUAGUCAAUUGGCAACUCAAUUGGCUAGUUUUCCGCCCGACAGACCUGCAGUGCGAGUUGGUAUCUGGAGUGUGUGA